GAGAACCUGUCUGGGGUUUCCGUUGUUUCGUGGAGGUGGGCAACUUCCUCUUGCUUGUAACAUUUCCUGAAUUUUGGCUACAUUUUUAAGCUUUUGGCUAGCUUACCGGCAUAUAUAUCAUUCCAGCUAACUCAAGAUGAGGAAGUCAGAACUAUUUAUUUAGUAGUUUACUUUCGGUUUGCAACUAAAGUGCUCAAUAGGAAAUAAAAAAAAUGACUGUGACUCAGCUCUUUCUGCAGAUGUGUCUCCUUUGGCUAGCAGCCAACCACGUAGUUUUUUGUUUUUUUUCCCUACCUACUACUUUAACCGCAGGCACCAUCACACGCUGAAAGUAUCCCGCCCAUAAGCGUCACUGAUUCAAAUUGCAGCCGAGGCAGAGGGAGAGAAAGCAGCAAGCCGGGCUGAGCACACUCACACACUCCGAGCAGACAGGCUGGCAGAGCAGCACGGAGCGAGUCACUCGCUGGAGAUUCUUCACACUGUCUUUUUUUUUUUUUUUUUUUUUUUGGGUGGGUGGGGAGGAAAUUUUACUUACAUGCGGACAACCGCGGAGCCCCCCAGGAUCUAACGAUGUGGACAGAGGUCGGAAAGCUCGUGCUAUUACAUCUGUUACUCCUGGAGCUCCAUUGCGCUAAAGGAACUCACACACAGUCAGAGUGUGAGACCGGGCAGUUUCAAUGCAAGAGCGGAGCGUGCAUCCCGAUCGUGUGGAGAUGUGAUGGAGAUGAUGACUGCACCGACAGCAGCGACGAGGAAAAUUGUCCAAAGACGACGUGCGCAGCCACAGAUUUCACCUGUAAGAAUGGACAGUGUCUUCCUGCUAGGUGGCGCUGUGAUGGAGAAGUAGAGUGCGCAGACGGUUCAGAUGAAGCCGAUUCAAUCUGCAGCCGACAGACCUGUCCUCCGGAGAAGUUUGAUUGCGGAGGGGCUGCCAGCAAAUGUGUUUCAUUGUCAUGGCGAUGUGACGGAGAGAGGGACUGUGAGAACGGGGCAGAUGAGGAGCAGUGCGCCGCGGAUGCCAAGGCCUGCCCCUCCAAAGACUUCCAGUGUCGUAACGGGAAAUGUGUGGCACCGAUCUUUGUGUGCGACGGAGACGACGACUGCGGGGACGCCAGCGAUGAGGAGAAAUGUUCGGCUCCCACCUGCGGGCAGCAUGAGUUCCGCUGCAACGACUCGGAGUGCAUCCCCGCCCUGUGGAGCUGUGACGGCGACCCAGACUGCAAGGACAAGUCAGACGAGUCCAUGGAGCGCUGCAGCCGGAGGACGGAGCCCCAGAAACCCCGCUGCCUGGUGACCGAGUUCCAGUGCGGGAGCGGCGAGUGUGUCCAUUUGAACUGGAAGUGUGACGGCGAGGCAGACUGCAAGGAUAAAUCAGAUGAAGCAAACUGUCCACUGCUUACGUGCAGACCUGAUGAGUUCCAGUGUGGCGAUGGCUCCUGUAUUCAUGGCACCAAGCAGUGUAACAAAGUUCACGACUGUCCGGACUACAGUGAUGAAGCAGGUUGUGUCAACGUUACAAAAUGUGACGGGCCCAAAAAGUUCCGCUGUAAGAACGGGGAGUGUAUCGAUAGCAGCAAGGUGUGCGAUAACGUGAAAGACUGCAAGGACUGGUCAGAUGAACCUGUGAAGGAGUGUGGCCUGAAUGAGUGCGCAGACAACAACGGUGGCUGCUCCCACAUCUGCAAGGACCAGAGAAUUGGUUAUGAGUGUGACUGCCCCUCUGGCUACAAACUCCUGGAUAAAAAGACCUGUGGAGACAUAGACGAAUGUGAGAACCCAGAUGCCUGCAGUCAGAUCUGCAUCAACUACAAAGGAGACUACAAGUGCGAGUGCUAUGAAGGUUAUGAGAUGGACCCUGCCUCUAAGACCUGCAAAGCCGUAGGAAAGAGUCCGUACCUGCUGUUCACUAACCGUCAUGAAAUCCGUCGUAUUCACCUGCUGAAGAGUGAGUACACACAAGUGGUUCCUACACUGAAGAAUGCCGUGGCCCUGGACGUGGACGUGUCCACCAACAAGAUGUUCUGGUGUGAUCUGUAUCAUCAGAAAAUAUAUAGCGCUUACAUCAACAAGGCCAGUGACUCAUCACAGCAGGUGACACUCAUCGAUUCGCUCCACUCCCCUGAGGGCCUUGCUGUCGACUGGGUCCACAAGAACAUCUACUGGACGGACUCAGGCAAUAAGAGCAUAUCUGUCGCUACGGGAGAUGGCAGGAAAAGGAAAAUGCUCAUAACCACUGAGCUGAACGAGCCACGAGCUAUCGCUGUGGAUCCGCACCAAGGGUUUAUGUACUGGUCAGACUGGGGUGGUCAGGCCAAAAUUGAGAAGGCUGGGAUGAAUGGAGUGGAUAGACAAAUUCUGGUGUCUGAACACAUUGAAUGGCCCAAUGGAAUAACUCUAGACUUGUCCAACAGACGACUUUAUUGGGUGGACUCCAAGCUGCACCUGCUGUCCAGCGUGGAUUUCAAUGGUGACAACCGCAAAGUGCUGCUGUCCUCGCAUCACCACCUGGGCCACCCCUUUGCACUCACUGUCUUUGAGGAUCGCGUGUAUUGGACAGACUUGGAAGAUGAAGCGAUAUACAGCGCCAACCGACUGACAGGACACGAUGUGUCCAAGGUCGCAGAGGACCUUAACAACCCCCUGGACCUGGUGGUGUUUCAUGAACAGAGGCAGCCCAAGGGUCCUGAUACCUGUAAUAUGGGCACACUGCCUAAUGGUGGCUGCGAGUACCUCUGCCUGAAGGCGCCUCAGAUCACAGACCACUCCCCCAAGUACACCUGCGCCUGUCCUGACGGCAUGGAGCUAGGACCAGACAUGAGACGCUGCGCCAUCAUUCGAUCCCGUCCAACCACGACAGCUGCCCCCACCACAACCACAACUUCCACGACGACCACCACAACAAGCACAACAACAACAACUCCCACAACCGUUGCCACAACCACGACGCCCACUACCACCACCACCAGCACCACCUCUGCUACUACCACAUUACCACCCACAGCCAAGACUACAACACCAGCCCCUCCUCAGACCACCAGGAGCGGCAGAAUCACAGAGCACCCUCGGACUCCCGCCGCUACCAGUACAGAGACGACCAGUUUGAGCAGCACUAGUCAGAAGUCCACGUCCACGCACACACCCUUAUUGGCCGCCGUGGCUCCCAACAGCAUUCAGAAAGAGAGCAAUGCCAACCUCUCCCACAGAGCUGCAAGUGAUCACUACCUCAUAGGUAACAACAUCACAGUAGCUGUUCUGGGGAUAGUCAUUCCUAUCGUCCCUAUCCUUGCCACAGUGGUCAUCGGAUUGCUCUGCACCGGCGGAUACCUGGUCUGGCGCAACUGGCGGCGCAAGAACACCAAGAGCAUGAACUUUGACAACCCGGUGUACCGCAAAACCACAGAGGACGACGACGACGAAAUCCACAUCGGGCGUCACAGCGAGUCCAUCGGUCACGUCUACCCAGCACGCGUGGCACUCAGUCUGGAGGAUGAUGGCUAUCCCUGAGGGAGGAGGGGAUGCAGCCUGCACCCCUCCGCUCCCAUCCUGGCCCCCUCCUCUCACCACAGCCUCUAGACCACUACAAUGAGGCCAGUACAACGCAGAGGAGAAAAGAAAAGGAGACCUCAUUUUGCCUCCCCGUUUUUAAGGAGCAGGGAUGACAUGUACACCUGUUAAAUCCCCCCUCCAUCUCCUACCGUCUCCACUGGAGUAACACUACUACCAUUAUUAGCUACUACUACUACUAUUAGUUUAGUAGCCUCUACUCCACUCCUCUCUUCUCUCUGCCUCUUGUUAGCACCAGUGCUGCUCAAAAUGCUGCUUGAUGAUGAUAUUGUCCAUACUAACCUCAUUCAGCUGUCUCAGUGCACUUUGUAAAUAGAAGGAUUUCUGGCCGCCAUGCAAGCAGGAGAAGGCGGCAUGCAUAAUUUUAAAUUCCUCGUGCUUUCACUCUAUUUAUUUCUGUUGCGUUUGCUGUUGUAAAUAUGUGACCAGCACCUCUCAGUGCACUGCACGAAAGACGAGUUUGGAAGGAUGGUGCGGUACAGUGGCAAGCAAGGACGUUGUAUUUCUUCAUUGUCAUGUAAGGAGACCUUUUUUUAAGGGGUUUGUUGCAGGGGGGUGUCAUCCUUUUUCACACCUAGUCACUCAGAUUUGCCCCUUUCACUUACUGUAAAGCUAAAUACAGCCAAGGAGAGGAAAACUGAUGGGGUCGUCUCUACAUUUAGAGGUGAUUUGGGGGGUAAAGGAGACUUUUUUUUUUCUUUUUCUUUUUUUCCUUUAGGGGGAGUUGGAGUAUUUGUGACACCAGAGGGUAGUGCCUCAAGGCUGAAAGCAGCAGGGUAGAAAAGGCAAAGGAUUAUGGGUAAUCCCCUCUCCUCUGCCAUCAGAGGUGUGCAUACAGUCAAUAAUGAACUUGGGAUUGUUUUCCUGUUUGCACUGAGUAGCAGGAAUCCCACAUGUGUUUCUGAGUCUUCAUUUGCAUCUGCCAGCGUCAAUAUUCUAGCAGCAAGAACAUAUUCUUUUGAAUUGCUGCAGGGAAUUUAAUUGGAUGUUAAAUAGUUGUUUAGUGAUCGGAUUUAAAAACAUGUAAGUGCAUGCUGCACUUGCUGUAUAGGAAUCCUGGAGGAAAUGAAGAGUGAGAUGACAAGCUCAUCACAGCAAGAAAACACAGAGGUCUUUGACUUUGAGUGACCCCAUAAACAUCAGUCCCAGCUGGGGGUUUUUUUGUUUGUUUGUUUUUUGGGGUGGGGUGGGGUGGGGAGGCACCUUUACUCCCCCUUUUUAACAGUGCAGCUGUGUGUUUUCUGGAUGUGAUGCUGUAUUUCUUAUGUCUGUCACUGUCACCGUCUCUGUGCGGUGCGCAGAUGAGUAACACACCGAGGCCGACUGAGCUGAGCGCCGAUUUGAAAAAUGGGACCUGAUCUUCCUUGGCUUGCUUCAAACCAGCUUCCAGCCUAUUGAAUCAGUUGCGAUUCAUGCCAAUGAAUAUUGCAAUAAUUGCUCGUCUUGUGCUGGAAUAGCGAAUCACUGGAGGCCGCGAUGACAGAAUAGCAGAGCUGUUACAAGUAGUCGAGGCAAAAUGCCAGCGUUCUUAUUCAGGACAUUAUUUAGUGUCCUAAUUGAAAAUUUGACACUUUUAAGCACAGUUAAAACACAUUAUAUACUCUGUAAGGCAGUUUUGGAUGGUCUAAACUAUAAAUACAUAAAACACUGGUCUUCCAUUCUUGCCUAAUGAAUCUGAUCAAUGCUGCAUUUAAGAUCCUACAUAUUGGACUAGUAAAUCCAAUAUGACUAAAUAACACACACACACACACAAAAGUUCCCAAUGCAAAUGUUAAAGUCUUCCAUCCUAGACUCAUUACGGUCUCAGAUUAUGUAUUCAUGCAACAGUUGAUUAAUGACUGUUAUUAUUCAUGGAUUUCACUAUUUCUUGGAAGGCUCGGCUUCAGCGUAGAAGCUCAGAUAACCACGAGGGAGGAACAGAAAGGCAAGGAAAACAAAGAUGAAAGGUGGUGUAGGGCUUGACUGCCAGAAUUUAUACGCCGCCAUAUGUGAGCAGGUUUGUACUUGGAAGAUGAACGGUGGGUCGUUUGUUUUCCCCGAUUUCUGCCAGUGUUGGCGUCGCCGUAUUCUGACAGUCGCUCCUCUCGCCUCUCUCAAAAGGAUGGCACUCUCUCCUCUCAGUUUAUGAAGCACAGUGGGUGAUUUGUAUGAACUGUGUGUGACAAGUAGCAAGUUAGACAGGUAAAUUGUAGUCCUCUCCAGCAGCGCGCUCCCCCUACAUCUAUCUAACGGAGGAGGAUCGAGCGCAAGGGGGAGGCCAUCUCCCUUCAUCUUCACCUUGUACAGAUGAAGCAAAAUGUAAUGCACUGCACAGUGGGGAAGAUUGGGACUCCGCUCAGCACGACGUUAGACUGGUUUGUUAGUUUCCUCCAAUGACUGCCUUUUAGGCCUUUAAGGAUUGACAUAUAUUAAACAUGAUUAAACACUGAAAACAAUGAUGUAUAUUAGCCACUGGAGUUUUUAUGCGUAUAGGAUCAGGAAAAAAAUAUCCAGUUCCCAAAGGAGAGAUUAGGUAGUGAUGGAAAAAUCUGGAUGUAAAGAUAUCUUUGUGAAUUUAAGAUUAAAUAAAUCACAGCUCCCUGAGCUGAGUCAGCUCUG